CUCGGUCAAGAUUCUCCCAUACAGACCUCCAGCUCGGUUAAUAAGAGCUAAAUAUAUGAUAGACUGGUAGCUCAACAGGUUGUUACUAUGGAAACAUAGCCAUGACUGGCAGCUUUGAACCCCGCGCGCGCAAGAGGGAAUCAUCCCCAGAUACGUAAACUGCAACAGAUCUAACUUCGACCGUCCGGCGCAGCGAAUUUUGUUUUUGAGAGCAUGGAAGGCCUAUUAAUGGAGUCUUUACUAGCGGGAUGUGUUUUUUGACACACAGUGAAGCAUUUUACUCCCUCGGAUUUUUGUCAAAGUGAACAAAUGGGUUGCGGCUCGAGCAAAACUCCCGACAGCGCAACAGAGAGCGGUGGUGCCAAACCGUUAUCGGUCAAUGGCGAUGCUUCCACUCUUCAGACUGUUCAAAAUAAGAAUUCAUCUGACAGACAGUUUCAUCCUACCCCUGAAGGAACAACAACAAUUGGCACUGACAAAAGAACAGCUGAGCGGCGAGUGAGCUUUGCGGAGACAAAAACAGUAACCAAAUCACCACAAAUGACCAUUGUGCACUUCAAUGAUGUUUACAACAUUGAACCUCGAGAAAAAGAGCCGGUCGGAGGAGCUGCGAGAUUUGCUACCAAACUAGCAAGCUUGAAACAUCUGAAUCCUUUGAUUGUAUUCAGCGGGGACUGCUUAAAUCCUUCAACAAUGAGUAGUGUGACUGGAGGCAAACAAAUGAUUCCAAUUCUGAAUGCUUUGAAUGUGAACAUUGCUGUGUUUGGAAAUCAUGAUUUUGACUUUGGUGUUGAUGAGUUAAUGGAGUUUAGUGCAGCUACUAAUUGUCCAUGGCUUCUAAGUAACGUUAUUGACAAUGUGACAGAAAAACAACUGGCUGAUGGUGAGAUCAAGCGGAUAAUAGAGUGGGGAGAGAGAAAGGUUGGUUUCAUCGGUCUGGUUGAAGAGGAGUGGCUUGUUACCUUAGCAACAGUUGACAGGGAGGAAGUUACAUACCUGGAUUUUGUAACAGAAGGGACAAAGCUCGCAAAAGAAUUAAGAGAUGAGGGAGCAGAGUUUGUGGUGGCCUUGACUCACAUGCGAGGACCGAAUGAUCGCCGUCUUGCAGAACAAGCAACUGGAAUCGAUCUCAUACUAGGUGGUCAUGAUCAUGACUACUUUUCUCAGGAGAUUAAUGGUGUCCAGGUUAUCAAGAGUGGUACAGACUUCAGAGAGUUCAGCUGCAUUACUGUCAACUUCAACACAGAUAACUCUUUUACGUUGGAUGUGCAAAGGAUUGAAAUAACAAGUGAUAUCCCAGAAGAUCCAGAAGUGAAAUCCACUGUUGAUAAAUAUGUUGGUGUUAUGAAUGACAUGAUGGACGAAGUUAUUGGGGAAGUGGAAGUUGAACUUGAUGGAAGGUUUUCUAGUAUAAGAACAAAGGAAACUAAUCUUGGAAACUUUGUAACAGAUAUCAUUCACAAUGUGACUGAAGUGGAUUGUGUUAUCCUAAACUCUGGAACGCUACGAUCAGAUACUAUUCAUCCUCCUGGAAAGUUUAAGAUGAAGGAUCUCUAUUCUAUCUUACCUAUGCCGGAUGUCCUAGUGGUGUUGGAAAUGACAGGUGGUGAGAUUUUACAGGCACUAGAAAAUGGAGUGAGUCAGUGGCCUAAACUUGAGGGAAGAUUUCCUCAGGUUUCAGGUAUGAGAUUUUGUUUUAACCCUCAUCGAGAUCCUGGUUGUAGAAUCCUUGAAAACACUGUGUACAUUGAUGAUGAGCCACUUGACAAGAAUAAGAAGUACAAAGUUUGUACAAAGUCAUAUCUUGCAAGAGGAAAAGAUGGUUAUCAGGUCUUUGCAAAGGCCAAAGUUUUGGUGGAUGAAGAGGAUGGCUCUAUUUUAAACACAAUUGUUAGGAACCAUUUUCGCUCAAUCAACAUUGUGAGAGGUGUAACAAAAUCAAAAUCUUCCCACAGACAGAGCCUAAUAAUGAGAUCUAAAGAAUGCUUAACCAGCGGUCAAGAUGUGAAGGAAAAUGGCUGUGAUACAACUCAACAUGUCAGUUGGCGGCAUAAAUCAUCUAACGUUAUUGAUGAUGGGGCCAUAAGGUCAUCACAGGAAAUGUUUCUUAACUUGGAAAGAGAGCAUAUAAGGAUUUCACCUCAGGUGGAGGGAAGAAUUGUAAUGGUCACAGAUGCAGAUAUGGGUGGGAAUUCUGCUGCUUCUAAUUUAGACAAUGAAACUGUGCUUCAAACUGUACAAGUGAAUCCAACAGAGAGUCAAGGUGAAUCCAGAAUGAAUGAACCCAGUACGGGAAGUGAUCACUCAGAACAAAUUAAAUCACUUCCUGAUGAGUCUGAACCCUCAAAAGGAAAUAAUGAGGAUAACUCAACUAGUCAGGUUGACAAAAAGGAUGAAAACAACAAUCUGAAAGAGACAGCAGGUGAGGAAGAUUCCUCUUCACCUGACAAACCAGGUUGUGAAGUGAGAGUAGAUCAAACAGAGGAUACUACAAAGGAGAACCAUGAAAGUAUAGCUGAUGAACAAAUCAAAGAAAAUAUACAAGGCAACCAAGAGUCACAGGAAGAUGGCAGUAAGGACCUCCCUCCUACAACUGAGGACAGUGGUGUUUCACUUGGACAAGAAAUUGACGAUUCGUUGCAGUUAGGACCAGACCUGGCAAGUGAAGAUGAGUACUGGAAUUUGUGGGAGGCAGUAAAAGUUGAUAACAUUGAUGUGGUACAAAAUCUUCGCCAGGAUAAGAACAUCAGAUUUACACGAUUUCAGGACAAUAAGACAAUUCUUCAUCUUGCAGCAGAAAGAAAUGCUGUGAAGGUUGUGAAGUACUUGCUGACUGAUGGCAGACUGGAUCCUAAUGUCAAGGAUGAAAUAUUACAGGUAUAGGUUAUUGAUAAGGUUCUUCAUUUGUUUGGAGUAUCAACAUACCCUUGCUAUGAAAACUAUCAGUUGCUGACCUUAUUUCCCACAAAAUACAGCUCAUGGGAGAUUGGCCAAGAAAGGCCCUACCUAUAUUCAUUAGCGAUGCUACAAUAUAGGAAGUUUAAGUAAUGUUAAUCCUUUUAAUUUGUAUAUUUCAGAAGUCUAUCAAAUAAAUUUUGUUAUACCUUUGUAAACAUAUUUUGAAAAACC